AUGUUGUUAUACUUUGUCUUCUUUAUAGUAUCAAUUCUGUACUUGUUAUUUAUUUAUGUCUCAUGGAAUGAAGAUUACUGGUUAAAACAAAGAAUUCCAUUUGUAGAACCAGAGAAAUUAUUUGGUAAUAUUAAGGACGUUAUAUUAAUGAAAAAGACAAUAGGUGAAGUGUAUCAAGAUAUUUACAGCAAACUUCAUGGAAAACCUGUUGGAGGUUUUUUCAAAAUGAAACAGCCAAUCUUAAUGGUUAGGCAUCCUGAUCUUAUUGCUGAAAUCUUAGAUAAAAAAUUUGAAUCUUUUCAUGACAAUGAUAUCCACAUUAGGCGAGAUGCUGAUCCUAUUUUAAAAUUGAAUCCUGUACUUGCUGUUGGUCCAAUGUGGACAGCUACAAGAUCAGUUCUCACACCUUUACAGUCCCAUGAAACUUUAGAAGGUUUGCUUUAUAUUAUUAAAAUAUCUUGUAAGAACAUGAUGAAUUAUAUUACCCAGCAAAAAAUUCCAAUUGAGGUGAAAGAUUUAUCUUCAAAGUUUACAAGCGAUGUAAUUGCAUCAUGUUCUUUAGGCACUGAACCUAAUUCUUUUAAGAGAUGUGAUACUCAGUUUAGAAAAAUGUCUGACAAAUUAUUACAAAAAGAUUUGAAAUCUAAUGCUGCUCUUCUUUUCGCUCUUUAUGCUCCAAUGUUUGGUAACCUUUUCAGCUUCAGAAUCAUAUCAAAAGACAUUUGUAAGUAUUUUGUUAGUGUUAUUUCUGAUAACUGUAAGCAGAGAGUACAACAAGGCAUUAAGAGAAAAGAUUUUUUACAGCGCCUCAUUGAUAUUAAUAAAGAAUCUGAAGCUAGCGGAGAAGGUACUGUUUACAAUUAUCAGUCAAUUAUGGGACAUUGUAUGUCUAUAUUCAUCAAUGGCUACAAUAUGACUUCUCAUCCUCUUGGAUUUUGUCUACAUAAUUUAGCAAUGAAUCCAGAGGUUCAGGACAAACUUAGGAAAGAGAUAAAAACAUUUGGUAUUUCAUCUAUAGAUGCUCUCAGUUAUUAUCUCAUUGAAAGUAUGGAAUAUUUAGACAUGGUUGUGUGUGAAACUUUAAGACUGCAUCCACCAAUGUCUGCUGUGACACGUGUUUGCACUUGUAGCUGUGAACUAUCACUCGGUGAACACAAGUACAAAAUUGAAAAAGGAAUUCCUGUUACUAUUCCAAUAUUUGCUUUACAUACUGAUCCUCAGUACUUUCUUGAGCCAAUGAAGUUUGAUCCUGAGAGGUUUGAUAAGAAAAACCGGUCUCUUCGCCACCAAUUUGUUUAUUUACCAUUUGGAGCUGGACCAAGAUACUGUCCAGGUUCAAAGUUAGCUCUUCUCAUUUUGAAGUCUGCUGUAAUUUCUAUCAUAAUGAAUUUUGAAGUUAGACCUCGAGGAGCUAUUAAAGAAAUUGAGCAUGAUCCUAUGAGCAGUCUACUUUCAACAGCCAAAGGAGAAAUAUGGUUGCAAUUUAAAGAACAUGUCACUUUUUAUUGA